AUGUGGCAGUUUCUCCUCCUCUUGGGAACGUCACUGUUAGUGACAGGUAAGAUCUUACAGAUGAUCUGUAGUCAUAGUUUUUUAAUGAAAAUGUGUUGCAAUUUAAACCGAUUUAAAUCAAUGUUAUGACAUGCUUUGAUGUGUACUUAUGGAUGGAGGAUUGGGUUUGUGUGUGUAUUCAUACAGUAUGUGUGUUGGUUCAGGGGGUCGGUGUCAGUGUCUGUCUGAGUAUACUGAGAUGUUCGUAGAGGCAGGGUCCCAGGCAGUGUUACCCUGCGUGUGUCGCCCUCCCUCCCCCUCUGCAGCCAUCGUCCUCUGGAGCCAGGACCUUCACGGGUACGACUGCCUUUCUCUCCGUCCAUGUCUUUCACGCUCUCCUUCUCUCUGUCCAUCUCUCUCAUCCUCUCUUUCGCUGUCUACCUCUGUGACUCCAAUAUCCUCACAGGUUCCCUUUUCAUCUUUCUCUGUUCUGGUUUUUCUUUCUCUUGAUCUCUUAAUGUCGUUUUCUGUAUCGAACGUGUUCUACAGGAGAGCAUAGCAUGCAUUGCCAUUCAUCUGUAUGUCUGUACAAUACAAGUGUCAUGUUUCAAACUUAACAUUUCUUCAUCUUUCUCUCAGGACGGUAUGGAGAAAGGGAAAGAAUGGACUGGAGCACUGGGGAAUAGGAGCUGCCCAGCGUGUUCGAUGCCCCCAUUCAGAGGUUGGAGCUGGAGACUACAGCCUGUACAUAAAGGAAGUGAGGGAGAAGGACGGUGGAAAAUACACCUGCACGGUGCAGGAUGGCAAGGAAAUCAUCUCUAAGAGGAUCCUCCUCAGGGUCAUCAAAGGUAAGGAGCUAAAAUAACAGUAACUUAUAUGAAAUACUGUGUGGACAAUUAAUUAACUUGAAUUUUAGUGAUAUUUACUGUAAUUUUAAAGUGAUAUUUACAUGUUCUAAUAACAAGGUAUAACUAUAUUUAUCUGCUAUUUAUGAUAGUCACACAUAUCAUAAUGUGAAUAUGGUUAACAUCUCACUGCUCUUACUUACCCAUUUCUUUCUUUCACAGUAUCCAUCUCCCCACCUGCUCCAGUGGAGGGCAACAAAAUGACGAUAACUUGCAGUGUCACUCCAUGGCCACAGGAGGCGACAGUGAGCUGGAAGCACAACGAGAAGCCAGUUUACCCUGAAAGUGCAGAUUAUGUCCUUUCAAAGACCCAGGCGGGUGUUUUGGAGAGCAAAGCAUCUGCAAGCAUGAUGGGUAACUGGAGCUGUGUAAUGCAUAAAGGGAGGAAACAAGGGAAGGCCACCACAGCCCUGACAGUGAGAGGUGAGGGCUCAGACACAGUGAUGUCAUGUUUGGAAAGAAUAAAACCUUCAAAUGCAGCUGAUAUAUUGAAGUUUAAGUUUCCUUUCUCCCUUCUCUCCUAUCCAUUGCCUUCCCCGUCUCUCCCCCCAUCUCUUCUUUCGCUCAGGUAUCGUUAACCCCUCCAGUGCCAGUGCCAAGGUGUAUGCUGAGGUGGGGUCUGCUGUCACCCUCCCCUGUGUGUUCUCCACUGGACUCACCCCAUCAGACCCAGCCUGGGAGAGACUGGACACCUCUGGCUCUGCUCUCCCACUCCCUCCCUCCUUCAACCUGUCCUCCCUGCCAUCCAUCCCUCCCUGGGACAGGUCUGUGGGUGUGGGGGAAGUGGGGCAGGGGGACGGGGGCAGGUACAGGUGCUCAGGGACAGUGGAGGGGCAUCGGGUGACCAGGGAGAUGCAGCUGGUGACUGCCCAAGGUGAGCCAGGCAUAGAAAAUAGAUGAUGAUAUUGUAGCAGUCUCCUCAUUUGAAUGCCUAAUGUGAGUUGCACUGGUCUGCUAAAUGGCUAAAAUGUAAGGUAAAUGUUUGAGAUGAGAUGGGCAAAUGGUGCUUUAGAAUUAGCAAUCACAAUGCUAAUGAUGCUCCUGUGUGUUCUCUCUACUCAGUGCUCAGCAACUCACCGUCUACCCAGAAGGCCCCAGUCACACUGACCUGUCACCUCAGCGACGCCAGCGAGGUCAUUGAAUACGAGUGGGUCCGGGUGACCUAUGACCUCAAUGGCACCCAAUCAGAGAGCUCCGUCCAAAAAGGGAGGGUCCUGGGGAUCAACAGAGUGACAGACAGGAACUCUGGCGAAUGGGCUUGUCGAUUUCACGGGAAACAAGGAGCUUUGGGGAUGUGUGACAUACCAUGUACAUUUGAUGAGUAAGUCCUAUCUGCUUACUUUGAUUUCCUGUCUAUUUGCAUAGGAUCUAGGUAGGAUGUAGAUACAAUUCAAAUGCAACAAAUAUCAGCAAGAUGUUAAAACAUUUGUCAUAAUUAGACACAGGGGUGGCAAGUAGCCUAGCAGUUAAGAGCGUUGGGCCAGUAACCGAAAGGUCGCUUGUUCGAGCAGACUAGGUGAAAAAUCUGUCGAUGUGCCUUUGAGAAAGGCACUCAACUCUAAUUGCUCCUGUAAGUUGCUCUGGAUAAGAACGUCUGCUACAUUACUCAAAUGUAAACUAAAAUGUAUCCUUGUUCUGUCUUGGUUGAUCAGGUGGUCUGAUGGGAGAUAAUGAGACAGGUUCUUCCAGUAAUGUUGCCGUGGUAGCCGGCCUGGGUUUCUUCCUCUUGGUGCUGCUGUUGGUCUUGGUGCAGAUGUACAGGAACUAUCGGAGGGUACGUUCAAAUAAAGCUGUGUGUGUUUUCCUUAAAUCCACGUAGACAUGGAAAAUACAUUUUUAAAAGGUUUAUAUAAUACUUAUUUAAUCUCUUCUACAGCGCAAACUGAUCCUGCAGUACCCUGCCCUGGAGACCAUUGUUCACACCAUCGCUAACGAGAGAGAGGACAGAGAGAGGAACAGAGUGAAAGAAGACGAGAUCUCCAAAUAGAGGAGACUCUGCAGUAUGACAUUUGAAAACAUUUGACAUGUCUAGUAUCAUUUGGGAGAUUAUGUGGUAUUUGUACAUAUUAAUUCAGUGCAGACAAUUGUAGCAGUUGCUUUCCUACUUUGAC